AUGAGAUUCACUUUACGCAGAAUAACGGUGCUUGUGCUAACGGUCGUAUCGCUAAUAAUGGUACUGCUAGUGUUGAUCAGUAGUUUCAGUGGACUGUACUUCCAUCGUAUAGAUAAACUUGCAAGUGAGAAGUUCGACGAAGUGGGCUUUCGCAACUCAAAUCUUAAGGUGAGACAAGAUUUCCACUACUCCAAAUAUGUCUUUUCCGGAACAGAAAGCUUCAUAAACCUUUUCAAUGAUGACCACGAAAAGAUAAAGAGUAUACCACUUAAUGACAAGUGCAUGGCAUUCUUCAAAAAUUUCGAGCAUAACAACCCUGAUUGGGAAUUCGACAAAUAUGAUUCGAAAGGAAUGCAAUACGAUAAGGAUAUCGAUAAAAAGCAACGGUUUUUUGAAGAGAACCAAAAGCGCCUACUUUCCCAAAGAAAACAGGAUGGAGAACCCAAUGCUGAUGUAAUCACUCACGAAGAUAACAAGACCAUCAAUGUCAUUUUCAAGUCCCAAGUAGAAAAGACUACCAUCAUAGACCAGGGAAUGGCUGACACAAUUACCAUGAUGAGAUUGUAUGGUAAAUGUUUCCUCAACAAUCCAGAUGUAAAAGAAACGGAACUUUACAAUCUGUUUACAUCAAAACUUUUCCCAUACUUGCACAAUACCAUUCCCAUCUUUGAAACGUCCAAUUCAACAGAUCCCUUGCCAGAAGACUCAUGGCCCAUUUAUAACGAAAUUAAUGAUGAUUAUGACGUGGUUCAUAAUGCAUUUAAUUCGUCUACAGACAACUUCAUCGACUUUAUUAAGAAAAACAGCAAAGGACGUGGAAUCGUAAUUUCAGCCACAACAAGACACAGUAGAGAUGUAGUCAAGUUAGUCAGAGUUUUAAGAGCCUUGAACAACAAACUCCCUAUACAGAUUAUACACAAGGGAGACAUAAAUAAAAGGUCUAUGGAGUUCUUAGAUAUCGCUGCGUUGGCGGAUAUCGACUUUUUGCUAAGUCCUUCUAUUUCUGCAGAGCAUCGGGAUUUCCUUCCUGAGCUUAACAUGUUGGAACAAUAUAGGUCGUUUGGAUCCGAGUUCCCCAAACAGAACAUCAUGUACGUGAAUGUGGCCAAUUGUAUUAACCGUUCGUUCAAGUAUUCCUUUCCAGGAUACUCCAACAAGCUUUUGGCGCUAAUGUUCACUUCCUUUGAAGAGGUGAUGUUGCUUGACGCUGACACUGUGCUAUUGAUGGGCGCAGAAAAGUUUUUUGAAGCUCCAGAAUACAAAAAGUCUGGUGCAUUCUUCUUCAAGGAUCGUACUUUGCGAGACUAUAACGACUUUUUGGAGUCGAAUUUCUUUACAAAGUUGAUGCCUGCGAACGAAAACUCGAUUGAGACCUUAUUUGAUAUUCCUUUGGUGACAGAGAAGACACUUUCGAACAAGUUUCUUACUGGAUGGAGACAUUCUCAAGAAGCUGGAGUUAUUGUUAUCAACAAGGUAGACCACUUGCUUGGUCUCUUGAUGACUUUCCCAUUAUGUCUUUGGAAAGAACCUGUAAAAUCGUCUAUUUGGGGAGAUAAAGAAAUGUACUGGUUAGGUAUGUCAAUGGCGGGUGAUGAACUGUAUGAGUUCAACAAAUAUGCUGCUGCCAGUGUUGGUGAAGUGACAACCAAUCCCAAGAACAAGCACUACAGUAACUCGAAAGCCAACGAAAUCUGUUCCAGUCAUCCUGGACAUGUUAGUUCAGAUGGGAAGUUGAUGUGGAUCAAUUCUGGCUUCAGUUUUUGUAAGAAAAAUGGCUACUAUAGAGACAGAGUCAAGUUUCCGUUCAAUCAAUAUGACAAUAAAGACCUUGCGGUAAUGUUUCUGAACCCUCUAAAGGUGAGAGCCGCUCUCGUUCCUCCCGAUUUGCCUGAGAUGAGAGCUAUCGGAUCACCUAUAGACGAUACUCCAGAAAAGGAAUUCAAGGACCUGUGGAAGCUUAGAAGGAAGGACAGCGAUGAAAUCAAUGUCAACAUGAAAGAUGGACAGUCAAGAGUAGAUGUUAUAACCGACUGGGAUCCACAAAAAGGCUGGGUAAAAAGUUCUGUCUGUUUUGGGUACCAUUAUUGUGCUUACGACUUGGUUGAAAGUUACAACCAACCAGACGAUGGUUCAAUUGCAUAUGAUAGAGGAGUUCUCUUUGAAUUUGACGAUGAGACUUCUAGGAAAUAUGAUUUUCUCAGUAAAGUCUGGCACACUGGAAACUCUCGAACCAGACCGGAAGGUUGGGUAUAUGCCAAAAUGGAAAUCCGAAAGCAAUGA